AUGGCGGCGAGCACAGGCAGCGGCGGGACGGCGGCGGCAACAGGGGAGCCAGCGCACGCGGUGUCGCUGCUGCGGGGUCUGAGCGCGCUGCGAGCGGAGCGGAGCCUGCUGGACGUGACGGUGGUGGCGGGGGGGCGCGGGUGCCCGCCCUGCCUGCGCCUCCUGCGCGAGGCCCGUGACUUCCAGGCCGCCCGCCUCGACCGCCACGACCGGGGUCCCUGUGCCCGCAUGCGGCCCCGGCCCUCCACCGGCCUGGCCGAGAUCCUCGUCCUCGUUGGCGGCUGCGACCGCGACUGCGACGAGCUCGUCACCGUUGACUGCUACAACCCGCGCACUGGCCACUGGCGCUACCUGGCCGAGUUCCCUGAGCACCUGGGCGGAGGCUACAGUGUCGCCGCGCUGGGCAACGACAUCUACGUCACCGGGGGAUCGGACGGGUCAAGGCUGUACGACUGCGUCUGGAGGUACAAUUCCAGCGUCAACGAGUGGACAGAGGUUUCUCCCAUGCUGAAAGCCAGAGAAUACCACAGCUCCACGGUCCUGGACGGGCUGCUGUACGUGAUCGCCUCUGACAGCACGGAGCGCUACGACCACUCGCUGGACAGCUGGGAGGCUCUGCAGCCCAUGCUGUACCCCAUGGACAACUGCUCCACCACCUCAUGCCGCGGCAAGCUGUUCGCCAUAGGCUCCCUGGCUGGCAAGGAGUCCAUGGUUAUGCAGUGCUACGACCCCGACAGCGACCUCUGGUCCCUCGUGAACUGCGGCCACCUCCCUCCCUGGUCCUUCGCCCCAAAGACCGUCACUCUCAACGGCCUCAUGUACUUCAUAAGAGACGACUCGGCUGAAGUGGAUGUUUACAAUCCAGCAAAGAAUGAAUGGGAUAAAAUCCCUGCCAUGCUUCAGGUUCACGUUGGGGGGAGCGUGGCCGUGCUUGGCGGGAAGCUCUACGUCUCCGGUGGCUACGAUAACACGUUUGAACUCUCGGACGUCCUGGAAGCCUAUGACCCCGAGACACGAACGUGGAGCGUGGUGGGCCGACUCCCCGAGCCCAUCUUCUGGCACGGCAGCGUCAGCAUAUUCCGGCAGUUCAUGCCGGAAACCACGCAGGAGGAUGACAGCAUCACGCUGGACAACACCAUCAACUUGAACAGGCAGCGCCAAAACCUUCACAACCAGAACCUUAAUGAGCUUCGUUAG